AUGGUGCGACCGCUGCAACAUCUCAAGAGCACGCCGAGUGAGGCUCUCAAUUUCCGACUGUUCUAUGCUAUUGCCGCUAUUGGUUUAUUAGGAAUAAGCCGAGGUGGCGAUGAAGGAACAGUAGGUAGUAUGACAAGUAGCAAAGCAUGGAUAAACGCAUUUCAUGUCGAAGAAGGCUCUUCUCAACAAUCCAACGUCGUUAGUAUGGUUCAAUUAGGUAACAUUCCUGGUUCUUUAUUGACUUUUAUCUUAGUGGAUAAAAUUGGUCGUAUUCGUAGUAUUCAAGCUUGUUGUUUGGUUUGGAUCUUGGGUACCGCAAUCUGGAUCACAUCAAAUGGUAACCUCGGUCAAACUCUUGGUGGCAGAUUUAUUGCUGGAAUCGGAAUCGGUGGCUUUCCCGUCGUUUGUCCAACGUUUUUGGCAGAAAUUGCGCCUAGAACCGUUCGUGGUUUGGCAAUGUCCAUUUAUUCCGCUUCUGUGUAUAUAGGAAUCGUGAUUGGAUACGGUGCUAAUCUUGGUUCGAGUAGAAACUUCAGUACUUAUGACAACAAGGUUUGGAAAGUUCCCGUUUCGAUUAACUUUAUUUAUGCCGGCUUGUUCUUCCUCGCAAGUUUUCUCGUUCGGGAAUCACCGCGUGCUAUGGCCAAGAAAGGUGAAACGGAAAAAGCAUGGGAAACAUUGGCUUGGUAUAGAAACAUGCCUAGAGAUCAUCCAUACGUCCGCGAUGAAAUGGAAGGUAUCAUGGACGAAGUUCAUCGUGAAGCACAAGCAAAACAUGGCAAAAAUAUCGUUACACUGUUUAAAGAAUUGUUCUCGAAAUCGCGCAAUUUAUACAAACUCGUUGUUAUUGGAUUCGGUAUUCAAAUCUUAGGUCAAUGGAGUGGGGGAGGAAGUUUGACGAUUUAUGCCCAAAAGAUCUUCACCCUAGUUGGGGUGGAAUCCGGUGCAUCCCUUUAUACAACUUGCAUCUUUGGAGUGGUGAAAUUAUUGUCUGCGUUGGCAUGUUCAUUCUUUUUGAUCGAUAUCCUGGGAAGAAAGAGAACCGUUUUCAUUGGUAUCGGACUACAAACGCUUGCCGCACUAUAUCUGUGUGUAUAUAUCGCUUCUCUGGGUGAUGUGGAUCAAAAGACAGGCGCAAACGAAUCUCCCGGCCAGGAACGUGCUUCGAUUGGUGCAAUCGUUAUGGUCUUUAUUAGCGGUGUUGGCUGGGCAAUGGGUUUCAAUUCUAUUCAAUAUAUUAUCGGAACGGAAAUUUGGCAACUAGAAUUACGUGCAGUGGCCACUUCUUUAAUCAUGGCAAUUCAUUUUGCUAAUCAAUAUGGCAGUAGUAGAGCACUUCAACCAAUGCUCGAAGGAAUGCAUCAAUGGGGUUUGUUUGCAUUUUGGACAGUAAUUGGAGUUUUGGCAGCUUUAUACAUCUUUUUACUCAUCCCAGAAACUUCUGGUGUCAGCUUAGAAGAAAUGGAUCAACUGUUCGAAAAACGUUGGUGGCAAAUUGGAAUGUUGUCAAACCGUCCUGCUGCCGGAGGUAUGCACACCCGUGUUGCUAUUCCAGAAAAUGGAUUGUCUAAUAUGCCAGAUAUGCUGCAAACCAAUGAUGGCUCUGGAGACGCCAAAGAAUACAACGAAAAGAAGGAAAAGAAGGACGCAACACGUCACACUGUCACUGAUACUACCGAUUAA